GACUGCAGCCAUGCCGCGGCUCAAAGUCUUGAAAUCCUUUGCGAAGCCCAAGGCUAGAAGCGUUUCUGCACAAGACAGAGGCAAAUUGAUUGCCAGCAUCAACGCCCUCACCACUAAUUGGAGGCAGCGCUUGAAACCAUGGCCAAAGCCUUCGUCGCUACAACCAAUCAGGUUGAUAUCUGACUGCGCCGGAUAUGGCUCCGACCUGAUUGCUUUGCGGCUGCUAGGAUUACGCGCCAGGGUUCAAUGCGUCAUGAUGUCUGAGUGCAACCCUGCAAAGGUGCAUCUGCACCAAGCAGUUGAAGAAGUAUGUGGCUUCGAUGCAGCCCAGCUCGAACAUGUCUCUGACAUGUCUUUGCGAGAUAACUCGACAGCACCGUCUGUGGAACUUUAUGUGGCCGGAUACCCCUGCCCAUCAUUUUCCAGGCUGGGAAAACAGAAGGGCACCCAAGACAGCAGAGGGAUGAUCACCAUCCAUGGACUUGCAUUCAUAGCCAAAACUCGCCCGCUCAUGGUGGUCUUAGAGCAAGUCUCUUCCCUUUUGCAUCGCAAGCACAAGAGGAUGUGGGAGUUCAUACAGAAAACCUUGAGGCUUUUGGACUACAAGUAUGUCUACAAAACCUUGAACACAAGGCAAUUUGGAGUGCCGCAGUCACGCCCACGGGUGUAUGUGUUGGCGGUUGCCGCAGAAUGCUGUUUGCAGGAACAGUUGCAGAUGCCUGUGGAGAGAAAGCAGCACCCUGAUUUGCACACCUUCUUAGACAAGGAGAAGUCGGGAACCGAAAUCCUUUCCUUGCCCCACUAUGAGAGGCAAGCCGGCCCGAAUUUGUGGAAGAAGGGCUACGUGGUGGACAUCAAGUCUUCAGAUGCUUUCCAACAUCUGAUGAAGAACUGCUGCCCCUGCCUCACCUUCACUCGUUGCCGAGAGUUUGGCUAUUACAUUCCUAAGCUCAGACGACGCUUGAACACUUUCGAGUGCGCCCGCUUACAGGGCUUGCCAGAUGCUGUUACGCAAGCGAUGCUUGCAUGUUGUCGGGAGGAAUCCUUACCUGCAGGUACGGUGGAAGCGUCCAUUGGAGACGCCAUGAGCAUCAACGUUUUGAUGCUUGUUCUUCGCGCCGGAUUGGACGCGACAGGGUUGAGUGCCCUGGGACUGGAUCAGAUGCCCUGCCGACAGCUGUAG